UCUAUCGAGUGGGCAUUGGCCCCAGCACACCACUGUGACUGUACUGUAAUGCAAACUAUUGAAAACUGAGUUUGUUUCUAACCCACGUGGGGUUGAGUUAAAUUGGCUAAUCGGAAUGUAACUUGUGUUUGUCGGUAUUGGCCAAUCAUAUUAACCGAAAUCACAUUCAUGAUCCCGAAAAAUAAAUAUUUCAUCGUAAUUCAGUGUAAGGUUGGGAUAGUGUUAUGCAAUAUCAUCACUGCGAUUAUGUUUGGGAUGUGCAUAAUUAUGUUUAAAUAUGUUUUUUUCUAGUUUAAUUGUAUACAUUUGAUGUAGGGCAGGGUUUAGGUGGUGGAAUCUCAGUUACCACUCAGUUACCACUCAGUUUAUCAGUCUGAAGAUUUGGAAUAAACUUCGUGUUAUGUUUAUAACACAUCAGGACGAAUGAGGACACUGACAGUGUACCAACUUAACUGGUAUUCUCAAAAGAAAUGCAUUUCAACUUACUGAACCUUUUUUAUUAAAUUAUAUUGUAGAAAAACCAAGUCUGUGUUUAUUGGGUCUCAGAGCCAGUUGGGUACAUUCUUUAUGAGUGCAGCUAGUUAGGCCAUGGAACUUGAAUGGACAUUGGCUCAGACACGCAUCAGCUGACUUUGUCAUCGCUCCUACCACAGUCUCAAGAUACCUAAUCUAAUAUGGCGGUCUAUUGAAGUAGAACUGUCUGCUACUCUGCUGAUUGUCUUGCAUGCGGUUGCUAAACUACACCACCACCUGUUUGUCCUGUGUCCAUCUGCGGAGGAUUGGUACUGCUUGACCUUGCUCAUUGCCAUCGGAGAAGUUUGCAUCAUUCAUGGAAGUGUUGAGCAAAAGCUUGAUGGAGAAAAUAUCAUUACUGGUGAUGGCCGUGGAUGAAACAGAGGUGACCUCGGGUUUCAAGCCAUUUGCAGAUACGGUAAUAUCUGUUAACCCGGAAGUAAAGUCCUGUGUAGUUAUAAUUGGUCCACAAGAAGAUAUCAGAGGAGCAGUGUUGACACGGAAAGGAACAAAGACUGACAAGUCUUCAUCUUCUGAGUCUGAUAAUCAGGAGGAGAAUCCAGACCCUAGAGAUGAGGAGUGGCUCCCUGACGAUGAUCCCAGCAAGAAAACUAACAUCAACCUGCAGGUCCCCUCCUCAACCAGGCUGAAGACACACAGAUCUUUAUCAGACCCACUCAAGCAACAUCCACGUAGGCUUGAAGAAGAUCCUGAGGUCCAGUGUGGGGAUUCUGCAGACACUGUCCACAGGGCUUCUCUAGUCUGUUCCCAUUGUGGGAAAUGUUUCAAGAAGAAAUACGAUUUGACGAGACACUUUCAGACCCAUACAAAACCCUAUAACUGUUCUCAGUGUGGGAAAAGUUUUUAUCUGGCCAAACAGCUUGAAGAGCACUCCAAAAAACACAUAUCGAGAGAUGGAGAAGAACAAGAGGUACAGUGUGGCGAUUCUGCAGAUGAGGUCGACAAGGGACCAAUCGUUUGUUCUCAUUGCGGGAAGAAGUUUAAGAAGAAAUGGUAUCUGACUAGACACCUCCAACCCUACAGCUGUCCUCAGUGUGGGAAAGGUUUUAAUCAGGCCGAAGAGCUUGACGAACACUCCAAAAGACACCUGGAGGAAACCUUCAGUUGUACUGAUUGUGAUGCAGUGUUUCGUAAGAAAGGUACUUUGCAGUCGCACAUAAAGCGCCAUAAAACCGAGAAAACAACCACAUGCACAGUUUGUGAAAGGAAGUUUCUAGGGGAAAGGCACCGAUGCGUUGGACGGAAGACAUUCAGGACAUUUAGCUGCCCAAAGAUCUUACAAACCAUAGAAGGAUUGGCUAAUCAGCAGAAACCCCCUUCAAGGGAGAGAAAGUAUUGCUGUGAAUCAUGUGGCAAAAUGUUCUUUACAACUUGGUGCUUAAAAGCCCAUAUGACAACGCAUAAACCAAAGGAGCAUAGUUGUACUGUAUGUGGACAAAGUUUCAGUGAUAGAAAUGCUCUCAGAAAGCACAGAAUGUUAACCCACCCUAGAGAAAUGCCAUGUUUUAUCUGUGAUGUAUGUGGUAAAUGUUUUGCCAAAAGGAACCACUUGCAUAAACACAUGCUGAGGCACAAGGAAGAGAAACCUUAUUCUUGUGAUAUUUGUGGUAAAAGGUUUCAUUCUUCAGGUAAUUGCAAAAGACACAAGAUGACUCACACAGGUGAGAAAUUGUUUUCCUGUGAACUUUGUGGGAAAAGCUACACCCAAUCUGGAACCCUGACAAAACACAAACUGAAUAAGCACACCGAUGGUGGCGAGAAGCCUUUCAAGUGUGAUGUGUGUGGGAAAGUUUGUUCAAGUCGUUAUACUCUAAAAAAUCACAUGGUCACUCACACGGGAAAUAAACCAUAUAAUUGUAGCUUUUGUGAAAAAGGUUUAUUUUCCAAGCAGGCCCUCAAAAUCCACUUGCUCAUUCACUCAGGGGAGAAGCGGUACGGGUGUGAUCAGUGUGGGAAGAGGUUCAGCCAGCCAAGUCACCUGAAAUAUCACGAACAUCACGUGCACACCGGAGUCAAGGCGUGUGUCUGUGACAUCUGCGGAAAGGCCUACGCCAACAGGCAGAAUCUGAAACUGCACAAAUGCACUGCGCCGGCAAAGCCGGAGGUCUUUUAACUCCACAGCUAAAUGCCCAACCUGUCAGUGACGAAUGUAUUUCUGAAUGGUACCCGUUCCAGGCUUUCCCAGGUGAAAGGAAAACAUGCAAAGGAUUAAAAAGGACAGUGAUGAAGUUUCAAAAUAUUUGUGUUAAGUGUUUGGUUGGUCCAGUGUUCUUCUGACUGUGCCUGUGAAAUUGUGUAUGAGCAAGCAGACACUGCUCUUGCCAUCGGACUUAUAAUACCAGAAUGUUGUGAUGAGAUUGUGAGGCUUUUUACCCUGAAUUUCUCCCUGAUCAAAUGCCUUGAUGCAAUUAUUGUCACAUGCCACAAAUCUGAUCUUACAAAGUUUAACCCCAUAACAAUUACCACAUUUUCCAUGUUCAGUUUCACAAGAAAUGUCUUUGAAUGUUAACUCUCAUUCGUAUGAGCUGUUACCCAACUAACAUACAGCAUUUCGUGGUGGUUGUCAAAGAUGUUUAUUGGCAAAGAUAACAACAUACAUUUGGGUUGAUCUGUAGAAGAAUUGUUCUCUGAUUUAACUUAAUUUCAUUACCUCAACACAUCGUUAAAUACACACAACCGCUGAAGUGCAGGCAAAACAUUUUAGUUUUUUGCUCAGGGCCAAUGAUGGCAUUUGGGAUCUUUCCCCCACAAGUUUCCAUGACAUUUUAAUUGUUGUCAUUCUAGUUCCAUUGUCCUCUAUCGACUUCUGCAGUUUCGCUCCAUCACAAACUUGGUGAGAAUAUGACAUGAUCGUUACAUGACUUACAUCAGACAUUGCAGUGGUUUGCUCUGUCACAGUUAAGCCCAAGUCGUUGUCCACAGAGAUGCAAUAGUCUGACGCCAGACCCUAGUUUGCCGUAGCUAUGAGACCGCCAUCCAUUGGGGAAGCACAGACCAAUGUUUCCCAAACGUUGGGGCUUCAGUAAGUACCCUGUAUUCAUACUAUUCUGUUGACCACAUGAGUUUAUAGAACGCUGAGAAUCCAAAAUGUAUGAAAGUUAACGGUCGAGUGUUCAAGAACACUGCUGUGCAAGCGCAUGUUUUGGAAUAUGACAAACUGAUUUGAUUGAUCUAGAUGAUUCUAAUUGUAGACGUUAAUUGUCUCUUAUUGUCAAUUUCUUAUCAAUGUAACUUCGUGUGGUCAGAGUUCGGUAGCCAUGUCAUUUUUCAUUGAGGUUGUGAAUAUAUCCAUUUCCUGAGGUGAAUGUCUGUCAAAUGUUUAUUGCUUGUAUGUUUACAUCAAAGUUCUCCUGCUGUUUUCAUUUGACACUAACAUAAAUCAAUUCACUGAAUUAGUGAUUUAAAUCUAGUAUAAUUGCUUCUUUACAUGCUAAUAUUCUGUAUGUAUGAGCAAGAAUAAAGCUCUGCAGUUUUGCUUUUCUCUGAGUCACUCUGUAAUGAACCCAUUCUGAAAAGGAAAUAUAUAAUUUGUUAAGUUGUCCGACCUUACUGAUAGACAAAUCUGAAUAAAUCUUUAAUCGGCUGAA